AUGGAAUGCUUCGAGGAAAUCAGAUCAAAAAAUAAUUCUGGCAUGAAGUGGGAUGCCAAAAACGUCACUGACGCAAAUGGUCUUUUGUGUCAGAUUACAACUUCGUCGUUCAUUGUAGCAUUCAAGUGUGCUAAAUACCUCUUUGGUUAUACAUCCGCUCUAGCCGUAAUGCUACAGGGUACUACGAUGGAUGUCAUCAAGGCAUACCAGGAAAUCCAGUUAAUUAUUGACACCUUUAAGGAUAUGCGUAAUAAAGCAGAGGAAAAGUUCAAGAACUGUAUAUUCCCCGAUAUACUCAAAAUGGGAAGAGUAGCAAAUAUUGAGAUUUCCGUACCACGUCGGUGUGGUCAACAAACAUUGCGAGCAAACGUUCAUGGUGACACACCAAAGACAUACUGGAGACGAGCUGUCUUCAUACCAUAUCUAGAUGGAAUCAUCUCACAAAUGAGGAUACGCUUCUGCCAGCUUAGUUCCACAGUUGUGCGCGGUUUGGGUCUCUGCCCAGCUAACCUUCAACUUCUUUCUGAUGACAGUGUAGCAGCACUAAAAUCUCACUAUAAAGAUGACCUUCCUUGCGUGUACUCCUUUGAACAUGAGAUCGAACUGUGGAAACGAAAAUGGGUUGGAGUUGAUGACCCUCCAUCUUCAAUACAGGAAACACUAGAAGCAAUGAAUGAAAAACUGUUUCCUAAUAUUGCUAUGCUGUUGCGUAUUCUGCAUAUCAUACCCGUGACAAGUGCAGCCGUUGAGAGAAGUAACUCAUCCCUGAAGUUAAUCAAAACCCCACUGCGCUCAACAAUGACCGAGGAACGAUUUAAUGCUCUCAUCCUGCUUCAUAUACAUAGGGACAUUCGUGUCGACGUUGGCGCCGUUAUUGACAAAUUUGCAGGAAAACACCCGAGACGAAUGUUGCUGCUACACCCACUUAGUUAA